AUGAAAGCCUCCAUCUUGUGGCGCCGCAGAGGAGAAAGCAGCAGACAUGGCAGACUACAGCAGCGUGGCUCCGCCGUCCUCUAACGCCGGCGGGGGGAUGAACGACGCCUUCAAGGACGCCCUUCAGCGUGCAAGACAGAUCGCAGCAAAGAUAGGUGGCGAUGGCGUUGCGGCACCCCCAACAAACGAGUUUGGCUACGGAGGCCAGAAAAGGCCCCUGGAGGACGCUGGUGGGUAUUUUCCCAUGCCUAACCUGAAUACCGACCAACCGGAGACAAAGAAAGUAGCCACUAAUGAUGCCUUCUCAGCAAUGGGAGGAAUGGGUGGUCCACCAAGGUCACUAUCAGAAGAAUUCAAGGUUCCAGAUGGAAUGGUUGGAUUCAUUAUCGGAAGAGGAGGCGAGCAGAUAUCCCGUAUUCAGCAGGACUCUGGGUGUAAAAUACAGAUUGCCCCUGACAGUGGAGGCAUGCCCGAUAGAUCUGUGACGUUAACAGGAGGUCAAGAUUCAAUCUUGGCCGCAAAGAGGUUGCUGACUGAGAUAGUUGAGAAAGGCCGUCCAGCUCCAGCGUUCCACCACAACGACGGCCCGGGAAUGACUGUUCAGGAAAUUAUGGUCCCGGCCUCCAAAGCCGGACUUGUUAUCGGAAAGGGAGGAGAAACCAUCAAAAGUCUCCAGGAGCGAGCUGGAGUUAAGAUGGUAAUGAUCCAAGACGGACCCCAGAACACAGGCGCAGACAAGCCACUCCGAAUUUCAGGAGAUCCAUUCAAAGUUCAACAAGCUAAAGAGAUGGUGAUGGAGCUGAUCAGAGACCAGGGCUUCAGGGAGCAGAGGGGCGAGUAUGGUUCACGAGUCGGAGGAGGUGGAGGCGGCGGCGGCGGUGGCGGCGGAGACAGCUUGGACGUUCCCGUUCCCCGGUUUGCAGUCGGAAUUGUUAUUGGAAGAAACGGAGAGAUGAUCAAAAAGAUACAGAACGACACAGGCGUCAGAAUCCAGUUCAAGCCAGACGAUGGCAGCACACCUGACAGGAUAGCACAGAUUAUGGGACCCCCUGAUCAGGCUCAGCAUGCUGCGGACAUAAUUUCUGACUUGCUGAGGAGCGUCCAGGCGGGAGGACCUCCCGGACACGGGGGUGGCAGAGGACGUGGUCGUGGACAGGGCAACUGGAACAUGGGGCCUCCCGGUGGCCUGCAGGAGUUCACCUUCACAGUUCCAACCAUGAAGACCGGUCUGAUCAUCGGAAAGGGCGGUGAGACAAUCAAGGGCAUCAGUCAGCAGUCUGGGGCCCGAAUCGAGCUGCAGAGGAAUCCUCCACCCAAUGCUGACCCCAACAUUAAAAUGUUCACUGUCAGAGGAUCCCCUCAACAGAUCGACUACGCCCGGCAGCUAGUGGAGGAGAAAAUUGGGGGUCCGGUUACUCCAAUGGGCGGCCCACAUGGUCCCCCUGGUCCACAUGGAGGCCCUGGCCCACACGGUCCUCCUGGACCACCCGGACCCCCUGGGGCUCCAAUGGGACCAUACAACUCUGGACCAUACAACCAGGGACCUCCAGGACCACAUGGUCCUCCUGCUCCUUAUCAGCCUCAAGGAUGGGGCAACGGUUAUCCACACUGGCAGCAAGGACAACCUGAUCCAAAUAAAGCAGCAGCUGAUGCCAACGCAGCAGCGUGGGCUGCCUACUACGCUCAGUAUGGCCAACAGCCGCAGGCAUCCAUGACUCCAACCAGCGGAGCUCCAGGCACAACUCAGCCCAAUGGCCAAGGUGACCCACAGGCUGCAGGUCAGAGUGGACAGACAGAUUACACCAAGGCCUGGGAGGAAUAUUACAAGAAAAUGGGUCAACAGAAUCAACAACCUCAGGACUACACGAAAGCCUGGGAAGAGUAUUACAAGAAACAAGGCCAAGCAGCUCCUCAGGCCACGCCACCAGCAGCGGCGGCAGCCGCCGCCACGGCCGCUCAGCCCGGGGGUCAGCCCGACUAUAGCGCUGCCUGGGCCGAGUACUACCGGCAACAGGCUGCGUACUACGGCACAGCCAACCCUCAGGCGAUGGGAGCGGCACCACAAGCUCCUCAGGUACACCCCAGAUCAGAAUCUGCCCUCAACAUUUCCUAAGACUCAGUCGUUUUGCACCUUAACCCCCUUGGUCCCUCAGGUUUUACAGGGUUCCAGUGAACGCAGCCUCUUCACAAACAUAACCAAACUACUUCCUCCCUUUUUAACAGGAUUUUCUUUUAGCUUUUUUAUUUUUUUUGGAAGCUGAGUCAACUGUUUCUGCUGUUAACAUGCAAUGUAUCUUUUAUGUAUUUCUUUUGCACAGGGCCAGUAAUGUGAAGUGGACAUAAAGUAAAUACUACAUUGUCGAAACAAAAUCCUUUGUUAAAUAUUUGGAUGCAGACGCCUUGAUGAAGAUCUUAAAUUUCCUUGGUUUGAAAGCGUUUCACAUAGAUGGCAGAUUACCCGACGAACACGUCCUCUUUCAAUUUUUUUUUUCUUCUUCUGUUGUUGUUUUUUUUCUUUUUCUUGUAAAUGCUUUGUUUUUAGUGAGGUAAUUAUACAUAUGGUCAUUCCAGCCCUGUAUCUACAUUAAAUGUGGUUAGAACUCAUGUUUAUUAAACUGUAGACAUUGCCAUGUAAAUCAUCUCAGUUUUAAGAAAAAAUGCUAUUGCCUGUUGUGUUUUUUGCAAUAAAACAAACUGAAACCUGUGUCGGUAAGUUGGGGUGGUUGAAACCAAGAGGGUUGACGUGCAUUUCUGUAUGUUCUUGUUUUACAUUAGGGGAGGGAAGGGGUUCGAAAUGCAGGCCAUGUGUGGGUUCAGUUGUCCGAAAAGGCUGUCCUGUCUCUCUCCAACUGCCUUUAAGGCUCGUAAAAAUGUGCGUGCAGUGAUCCUGACUGGUUCAGACCAAGAAACGUCCUUGCUCGUAGACAAUUUAACUUUUACACGUCGUUUCCUGACAUUACUGACCGUAGUCGUAGAUGCAUUUUUCUUUUUUGUCCUAAGAAAGCUUGACGGUGUCUUUGUAUCUCAUGCAUUAACUGCAUUGCUGUGGCGCUCUUGCUUUUUUUUUAUUUUUUGCCUCGUUUGCAGACAUUGAGUUAGUAUGCACUGUAAUUUUGCCUUGAUGGCCACUUCCUCCUCCACAGGCAAGUUUAGAGCGGUAAGCAAGUAUUCUGAAUAUGUUCCUCAGAAAAUGUGGUUUCAAGAAAUGUUGCAUUAUAUUUAGUGUUUUUUUUGUGUGCUGUUCUUCCUCCAGGACAGUCCAGUAAAUUUGCAAUGUAUGAAAUUGUAUUUAAAAGUUUUGCCUUGCCCAUUUCCAGUUGUGUAUAAAUUUGUUUCUUUUUUAAAAAGAAUGUUUUUUAAUAUAAAACAUUUGCAAAAAAAAGGAGUAAAAAUCGUCUUUGCUGUGCCCAUUCUAUUAGUGUUGAUUGAAUAUAAGAAUGUAGAUGUCGUAGGGUCGGGGGUGGCUAAGCAGCCUCUUCAUCCAUCAGUUGAGCCCUCCUGUAAUGUAAGUACAAAACUGAUUUUGAGAAAUGCGUCUUUAUUGAUGCUUGAUAAAAUGCUAAAUAUGUAGUAUUUUUGUGAAAUUGCAAUCUUUUUUUCCCCUCCCUUGUCUUGGGUAAGUAUAACAUUCUGAGGAGAGGCAUAGUACUGAAUACUUUGAUUCUUGUACCACAUUUUUCUGAGAAUUAUUUGUGACGAUUUGACUGCAUAACAUUUAGACGGAGUCUUUACAGUGUGAUGUAGACGGUGCAGGUAGCAUUUCAGUGCCAGCUGGUCUUCUGAACUGAUGGUUUGAAUGUCAGCACUGUUACACUGCUCUGGUAGGAACUGUGUAAGGAUGCCAGUUUGCGUUUUUUGAAUAUUUUGAAUACCGCUCAGCGUCAUUGUCCAGUUCAUGUAUUUCCAAUGCCAUUCUUUGCAAUAUCUUGCAUAGAAAUCUCAAACUGCAUAACUCCAGCGUAGCAUGCUUAGGUUUCUGCUGAUUUCUUUACAUGUCUCAUAUAAGCAUGUGAAAUGCAAGUAGUGGAAGUGCUUCUGAUUAGCCUCGUACUGAAUUAUUUCACUUUUUGUUGGUUAUGUUGUUGAAAGGCUGUUGCUUUAAACUCAGAUCAAUAUUUGACUGCAUUGUUCACUGAUGGCAAACAGUGCUAUAUAUAUCUGAUCUUUACAGUGUCAUCCCUGACCUUGCACCUUAGGUUCUGCUGCAAUAACACAGGUAAGCGAAACCUAAGGGGAAAAAAAACAAACAUGUUGUUUUUGUCUAAUGACUUGACCCAUAUACAUGCAAAGAAAUGCUUACCUGUGUUAACUUUCCUAAAUGCAUUCAUUCCUAGUUGUAAGUUAAUGUCCAGGAUAUUCACAUAUGAACGCUCUCUUAGGAUGAUCUGAUUUCAUUGAUGAACUGCAUGAGUUGUCACUUUAUAUCUGAAGUUUUGACUCGUGAAAUAUGACUUAACCUUCACAAAAAGUUGUACAAGUGGAAAUGUUGACGUAUGUGCUUAAUAUUGGAUAAAGGCCUUAUCUUUGCAUCUGGUAAGUCUUGACCGUGGCUGUAUGAGGAUGCUUUAGGUUGACACUGUUGGUAAACUGCAUGUCAUGCGAACCUGUUGCCGGACGUUAGCAAUGUUCUCAAAUGCUAGGUGAAAAAUGGCGGGAAUAUCUUUUCUUCUUUCCAAGUAAAUAUUUUUUCUGUCGUGGUGUGAAUCUGCCCUUCAGUGCGGUGAAAGUAUGUUAUUGAAACAUUGCUGCCUUCACUUCUUGCUCACAGUGUUGGAGGAUGCUGCAGGCUUAGGUCGUAGAAUCAGGCGGUGUCGUAGUUUGUCCCCCCCCUACAAAAGGAGGAAUCCUUUGAGUCAGUCCUGCUGCUGAACGUAGCCCGUUCAAGAGCUCCAGCUAUAAGGUAAAGCAGCAACGCAAUGAAAUUUAAAUUCUAUGAUUGCAAAGUGUUGGUCAGAUACAUGUUUUUUACCAGCCUGGAUUGAUUUUAUUAAAAAACAAAUCACAUGAUGCCAUAGUUUUGUUUAUGCCUUCAUCUACACUGUACUUUUUUUAAAACAACUUCUUGAAGUUGGAUGAGAGCAGGAGCUGAUCUACAUCAAUGACCCAUGCAGUUUUUAUUGGCAGCAAACUUGAGGUUUACGGUUCAAAAUCACUUUCUGUAGUAUAAGGGUUGAUUUGAGGCUGUCCACUUUAUACAUGUCAAAUGGUCAGUGUUUCAACACAGAGUUCGAGGGGGUGUAGACGACAAAACAAGGAGCAUGCCUUAGAGGUAAUCAAGGUUUCAUGUGUUGUGUAUUAAAUCUAUAGUUUUUCUGUUUGUUUUUUUUAACUCAACUGUUGAAAUGUUGCCAUGUUCAUCAAUAAAAUUGUUACAAACUGGGAUAA